UGCCCCCUGCCCCGGCUGGGAGGAAACAGCCAUUCCGAACGGCGCAGCCGUUGCUAAUGAUGCGAUGUCCCGUCUUACGGAUGAAUCUUGGGUUUAGUGGCUUCAUGGGUGCCGCGGUCACCAAAAACAAGGAAACUGGAGCCAUGGGUUUCCUCUUCAGCCUCGGAUGAGCCGAAAUAAGCUGGACCCACACGAGCCCAGCGAGCUGCCCCGGCCUGCAGGGGGCGCUCCCCUGUCCCCGACACCCUCUCCAGUCAUGGCAGGCUUCAAGCGGGGAUAUGACGGCAAAAUCGCCGGCCUGUACGACCUGGACAAGACGCUGGGACGGGGCCACUUCGCCGUGGUCAAGCUGGCGCGGCACGUUUUCACCGGGGAGAAGGUAGCGGUGAAGGUCAUCGACAAGACCAAGCUGGACACAGCGGCGACGGGCCACCUCUUCCAGGAGGUGCGCUGCAUGAAGCUGGUGCAGCACCCCAACAUCGUGCGCCUGUACGAAGUGAUUGACACUCAGACGAAGCUGUACCUGAUCUUGGAGCUGGGAGACGGGGGGGAUAUGUUCGACUACAUCAUGAAGCAUGAGGAGGGACUGAACGAGGAGCUGGCCAAGAAGUACUUUGCCCAGAUCGUCCACGCCAUCUCUUACUGCCACCGACUGCACGUGGUGCACAGGGACCUGAAGCCUGAGAACGUGGUGUUCUUUGAGAAACAAGGACUGGUGAAGCUCACCGACUUUGGCUUCAGCAACAAGUUUCAGCCGGGGAAGAAGCUGACCACCAGCUGCGGCUCUCUGGCAUACUCAGCUCCGGAAAUCCUCCUUGGCGACGAGUACGACGCUCCAGCCGUAGACAUCUGGAGCCUCGGCGUGAUCCUGUUCAUGUUGGUUUGCGGCCAGCCGCCUUUCCAGGAAGCAAACGACAGCGAGACUCUCACCAUGAUCAUGGACUGUAAAUACACUGUACCUGCCCACGUCUCCAGUGCCUGCAGAGAUCUGAUAGACCGCAUGCUGCAGAGGGACCCCAAGCGCCGAGCCUCACUGGAGGAGAUUGAGAGCCACACCUGGCUGCAGGGGGUGGACCCCUCACCGGCCACCAAGUACAGCACUCCUCUGGUCUCCCACAAGAACUUGUCAGAGGAGGAGCACAACAGCAUCAUCCAGCGCAUGGUGCUGGGAGACAUUGCUGACCGGGAGGCUAUAGUGGAAGCCCUGGAGACCAACAAAUACAACCACAUCACAGCAACAUACUACCUGUUAGCAGAGCGGAUCCUGAGGGAGAAGCAGGAGAAGGAGGUCCAGACCCGCUCCUCCAGCCCCAGCAACAUCAAGGCACACUUCAGGCAGUCCUGGCCGACCAGAAUGGACAUGCAUCAGGACAUAGAGGACUCUCUGGCUUCCUCGUCCAUCUCUCACGCCGGGGGCCCCCAGUCCCCGGCCCGCAGCACAGAGAGCCUGCUGAACGGACACCGCUCCAAAGGCUUGAUGGACCUGGGCCGGCGGGAGGAGGCCACGGUCACCGACUCAGCUCAGGGAGCCUGUGCAGCAGCAGCUUCUGGCUCUGCUGCUGCUGCUGGGAUCUUCAGAGCUGCAGGCCCCUCCACAUCAGCAGCCAAGCAGAGGAUCUGUCUGUUCAGGGUGGAGGAAGAUGAAGAGGAGGAGGAAGAGCAGGACCCGUCGCCCCUGCCGACCCAGGUGAUCCUGCGGCGGAAACCCCCCUCCAUCACCAACCGCCUCACCUCCAGGAAGAGCGCCCCGGUGCUCAACCAGAUCUUUGAGGAGGAGGGCGAGUCGGAUGACGACUUUGAGAUGGACGAGGGUCUGCCGCCCAAACUCAGCCGGCUCAAGAUGAACAUCGCCGGAGGGGUUGGGGGUGUCGGCUCCGGGGCCACCUCGGCCGCGUCCCCCGCCCCCACGCAGAAACGCUACCACAGGCGCAAGAGCCAGGGCCGGGGGUCGUCCUGCUCCAGCUCGGAGACGAGCGACGACGACUCAGAGAGCCACAGGAGGCGCCUGGACAAGGAUUCGGGUUUCACCUACAGCUGGAACCGGAGGGACAGCAGCGAGGGGCCCCCCGGCAGCGAAGGGGGCACUGGGGGUGGCAGCAGCUCUGGCCAGGGGAAGCCCCCCUCGGAGGGUGGCGGCUCCUCUGGCCCCGACAGAGGCAGCCCCCCUGGUAACGGGGAGAGGGAAGGUGGCAGCGGUGGAGGGGGUGGCGGUGGGGCCGGAGGGGGCCACCAGGGACAGGACCGGCCAUCCAGCUGCUGCAGCAGCUCCACCAAGCCGGCCCUCAGCAUGGCGAGCCGGCCCUCCCGCACAGCGAGCCGCGGCGCCGAGCUGGUGGAGAGUCUGAAGCUGAUGAGCCUCUGCCUCAGCUCACAGCUCCAGCAGCGCAGCGGGCGGGGGGGCCGAGCAGGAGGCGGGACCAAGGUCAUCCUGGACUCCCGGGGCAUCAAGGAGAAACCGACGUGGAGGAUCUGCAUCGGCUCCACCGACAGCCUGGACUCCAUCGGUCUCCCCGCCGCCAGCCUGCCCCGCUCCCACGCCGUGCUGCACCUGCGCCAGAAGGGGGCGCCGCCCGGCAGCAGGGACGCUCACGGCAACAUGAACGGCCUGAAAAACGGCGUGCUGCAACUACCUCUGUGUGAGAAGAGCAUCUCUGUUAACAUCCAGCGUGGCUCCAGAGACGCUCUGCUGUGUACUUCAGCUCCAGCCAGCUGCUGUCAGGUCAUCUGAGGCCCCGCCCCCUCACCCGCUCCACCCACUCCACCUGCUCCACUCAGCUCCUCUGUUUUAAAUGCCUGUUUUUAGCCGCUUGCUUGUACCAUUUUCACUUGUUUUUUUUAACCACCUGCACUUUAUCGUUCUCUAGCUGAAUGUCAGAAUUGAGUCCAUUUUGAUAAAGAAGUGAAACCACUAGACAUCGCUUUUUAUACGAGCUUAAACCAGUUCAGAGCUGAAUUUAACUCGGGUUCAGAGUUCUGGGACUGGUUUGAGUUUCCAGUCGGACCCGAUUCUUCUUGCUCUGUCAGCCUGUCUAACAUUCAUCUGGUGCUGUUAGGCUCUACAGGUCUGAAACCAGAGCACCAGAACAGGUUUCAUGGUUCAGAGUCAUGAUGAGGUCAGAGGUCAGCUUAGAUCCCACUGACAGGUUCCAGCUUGUCCAAGUAAACAGACAUUAACCACAGCAGCACCAAAGUGUCCUCUGUGUCGCUAUAAACCCUCUUCUGAUUUUACUGUUUUUACCUCUAAUGAGGUAGAAUUACAGGAAGUGUGAUAAUCUGGUUUUGGCCACUUUUAAUCCCAUUUCCACCAAGCUGUUCCAAAUCCUGACCCAGUUAAGAGUCGAUGCUGAAACGGAACCAGUGACCCACCAGUCUGCUGUUUGCUGGGUAAAAACUGGAGGAACUGGUUUAACACUGGACCUGGUUCUCGUGGAAAGGCCUGCCCGGAUGUAAAGCCAUAAAUGACAUAAACACGACCUUUUGGUCUUUAAUAAUGAGCAAACAGCGUAAAGUUCAAAGGUCACCAUGUUCCGUCAUCAGGAGGAGGGAAGUCCAAGGCUGGCUGGGCUGCCAGGCGUUAGGACAGCAACUUAUUUAUAUUUUUACUAACAUGUGGAUUCCUUCCAUUAAAACAAUCAUUUUUACAGAAUCUCCUCCUGGUGUUUGUGUCCAGACACAAACAUCACCACCUUCACUCAUCAGCUCUGCUUUCCCUCCUGUUGCACUCAGACAAUCUUCAGCUCCUCUUCCUGUCAGACUUUCCUCUGCAGCUUUAAAGCUCCGAUCAGAAUCUACACAUAAUGAACACGAAUGAUGAUCAUACCAUGUCUAAUAAUUAGAACCGGUCAUUUUGCAGGGUGGGAUUAUGAUACAGCUGCAGGAUGAUUUGAAACAACUGCUUUAAAUUAAUUUCCUCUGAUGCAGGCAGAUAACAAAAAAAAAAAAAAAACCCAUAUAUACACUGACAUUAAUAUUUAUUUAAAUGUGGCAUCCGGAGCUCCUCACCAGGCUUCCUGCUGGAUGUUCGGGGCCAAUUUCUGGCUAAAUUAGAAACAGUUUGCGGUGACUGCUGCUGAAUGUAUGUAUAUAUUUGAUCCAUAAAUUUAAAGGUGUCCAGAAAUCCUUUAUGAUAAUGAUUGCAGUUGUAGAAUCUUUCAACUCUAGAUUAAAAGAGCAACAAAAAAAACCCCAGCUCAAAUAAAUCGGCUUCAUUACUGUGGAAAGAUAUUAUUAAAAAAAAUUUUUGAAGGAUUUUUGACUUAUUUACAGAAUUCUGAGGGGGAAAAAAAGUCAGAAAUUUGAAAUUAAAGUCUUUUUUUUUUUUUUUUUCCUCGAGAUUCCAACGUGGUAACACUAUCAUAAACAUGACAUAACACCCAUCAUGGACAUGAAGGAGUCUUCAUGAAUGUUUACGACUGUCACCAGUCAGACAUUGUGACCAUUUUAAUAGACUUUUAAUACAAGUUUUAAUUCAACUUUGCUUUAAAAUGUCAUUAUUUACCGAAUGACACUUAAUGACAACAAUCAUAAACAUUCCUUGUGUUCAUAACAGGUGUUAAAUCAUGUUAACGACAGCGUCAUAUCAGUCUUAUGCAAAUUCUGUUAAAUAAAGUGUCACCUCUAACUUUCUCCUUGGGAUUUUGACUUUUUCUUGGAUUUCUAAGUCCUGAGUCAGGAUUUAGAUAUUUUUUUCCCUCAUUAAUCUGACUUUAAAAGAUUAAAAUUAAAGUCAAAAUUCCGUCUUUUUUGUAAAAAAGUCAAAAUUCUGAGAUUAAAGUCCGAUAUUUUUUUAUUUUCAGUGGCUCUAACCUUCUGUACGUUCAUGAAUACACUGACUGGAUAAAGAGAUCUGAUUUACAAAGCAGCACCUUCUAACAGAAACAUUUAAUUUGAAGAAAGGUGUGGCGUUUUGUGUUAUUUCUUGCAUGAUGUUGCAUUAAAAUCUCACUUGCUGACCAACUAUGGAAAAAUAAGCUGAUAGAUUUUGGUUUUCUCCUCCUCACACCGGAACGUCUCCCAAAAACUCACUGUUCAUGCGGCUGCUGAGUCAUGUGUUGUGUACAUAGCGUUAUGAAGAUGAAAAAUGUAUUUUUUAAACAUGUACAUUUUAUGAAAUGUCUGCUGUUUGGUUUUUGUUGGGUUUUUUUUGUUUUGUUUGUUUGUUGCUGGUGUGUUUAAAAAAAAAAAAAAAAAUGGCCAUAUAAGAGUUAGCAGGAAGUGGAGGAGCGGCCAUGUUUUAGGGCAUUGGCAAUAAGCUAUCGGAUGUGUUGCAGCUAUCUGUACAGACGUUUCAUUAGCUUCACUUUUUCUGUCGAUUCCAAACAUGCGCAGCUUCUCAGCGGCCGCCGUCAAUUUUUAGUUUCGUCGGAGAUUUUCCCGACGAACCAAAUGUACAUAGAGUUGUAAAUAUGGUGCUCUCUUUACCUAGAACAUUUUUGGUGCAUAGUUGUACAGUAAAACUAGCCUUAUAAUGACCGUAGUAAUCCUGUAUGGAUGUGUUAGUCGCGUGGGCAAAAUGACAGUUCUCUUCAUACCGUCAGGUGUCUGACUGUUGUCUUUACUCAGCUGUUUUCAGGUGAAUGAUGUGCAUGUGUCUCGGUGUUGGAGCAGAAUCAGCCACAGAAAUCCUACUGGACCAAAAGGCAACAAACGGGAAGAAAAAAAAGCAUCACUGUAAUAUUCUGUAGUUGAUAACUGUUGUCAGACAAUACAUAUAGCUCUGGUAAUAUCCCAAAAAAUAAAAGUUGAUUUUUGUCUCUUA